AUGGAAAAAAUUCCUACCCUGUACCCUACCGGACAAGAGUUCGAAAACCCAAUAGACUAUCUUUCUAACCCUCACAUUAAGAGGCUCGGCAUACGGUAUGGUAUGAUCAAGAUCAUACCACCGGGGGACUUCCGUCCCCCGGUGUCAAUAGACGUGCAGAACUUCACGUUUCAGCCAAGAAUCCAAAAUCUGGAAAAUCUAGACCUGAUAAAUAGGUGCAGGCUAUUUUUCAUGAAGCAGCUAAAUAAUUUUAAUAGAUCUGUUAAGGAUGCAACGAAAAGCAUUCUUAAAACUCCUUACGCCGUGGUGGAAUAUUCGGAUCCUGCUCACCCAGCGGAAAAGCUUCAAAAAAAAAUCUACUUUUAUGACAUCUUCGCUGAAUUAAUAAAAACUAAUCCGGCGCUCACUGACACUUCGCAGUCUUCCAGAAAAGGGCUGAAAUUCAUAGGGAUUUCCCAAAUCAGAGAAAACACUAGUCUUUGGAGGACGAUCUCUAAAAAACUCAAAGUGCCAACCGGUUUGUUGAAACACGUUUUUGAAAAAUACAUUGCUUCGUACUAUAUAUUUCUUCAUUCGUUGAAUGAGAAUGUUCACACAGCACUGCAUAAUGAUCAAUAUCCGAAGUCUCUGCUAAGUGACGACGAGGACGGCUUUGACCUUGAUUCUGAUUCUGAUUCUGGGUCCGGUUCAGAAGAAGAGGAGGAGGACGACGAGGCUUGCAUCGUAUGCCACAGGACGAACAAUCCAAAAAGGACGAUCUUGUGUGAUUCGUGCGACAAGCCUUUCCAUAUCUACUGUUUGACACCGCCUUUGGAACGCGUGCCUCCCGGUGAUUGGAUUUGUAAUACUUGUAUUGUCGGCAAUGGGUAUUACGGUUUCACGCAGGAUUCGCACGACUAUUCACUACCAGAAUUCCAAGAUUACUGUAACCAUCAAAACGCCAAGCUGCUAUCUAAAAGAACGUUGUCAAUUGAUGAGCUGGAAGAGAUGUUCUGGAAUUUGGUCACCGAAGACCAUCGCAACGGAUUAACGACAGUUAAAUACGGUGCUGACAUACACAACGAAUCUCCAGGACAAAUCACUGGAUUCCCCACGAGAGCAUUUAUACCCAAGAAUCUGAGUGAGAAGGAACGAGAGGAUUAUGUCAAGUAUUGCGAUCAUCCCAUGAAUCUGACAAAUUUACCCAUGGUUCAUAAUUCACUAUUGCCACUGUUUGAAAGAAACAUUUCGGGCAUGACCAUUCCAUGGAUUUACAUCGGAUCAUUGUUCUCCACGUUUUGUUGGCACAUGGAAGACCAAUAUACUCUAAGCGCCAAUUAUCAGCAUCAAGGCGACCCUAAAGUCUGGUACAGUAUUCCUGAAUCCGGCUGCGCUAAAUUUAAUGACCUACUAAAUGACCUAUCUCCUGACUUAUUCAUCAAACAACCCGAUUUAUUGCAUCAACUAGUGACUUUAAUAUCCCCCUACGAUCCAAACUUCAAGAAGUUCGGCAUUCCCGUGUAUAAAGCCAUUCAAAAACCUAACGAGUACAUUAUAACGUUCCCAAAAUGUUACCAUGCCGGGUUUAACACGGGGUUCAACUUUAAUGAAGCUGUGAAUUUUACUACAGAUUUUUGGCUACCUUAUGGAUUUGGUGCUAUUACGGAUUACAAGUCAACCCAAAAACCAUGUGUAUUUGAUAUGUUUGAUUUGAUGAUUAAUAUUUUGAAUAAAUACAACAACGGCACUUUAUCCUUCAAUGACGCCUUUGCUAGACAAUGCUACUCCUCAUUGAUCGUCUUUUAUAAUAAGGAAUUAAAACGCAUACGAAGAAUUCAAGCCAUUGUGUCACGGACGCACCUUCUGACCUUCAAUUCCGGUCUGGAAGAUGAUGAUGACGAAUAUGAUGUGUUCUGUUCUCAAUGUAAAACCAUAUGUUCAGUGGCCUUUGUAUUGCAUGCGCUCAGUGACCCCGAAUCUGUAAGAACACAUAAGAGGCACAAGAAAAACCAUUUGAGUAUUAAGCAGUGGAAUGAAAUUUCCACGACAAAUCGUAAUUUAAGUGUUUUGUGCACUCAGGAUUUCUUGAAAACGCUCCAAAACUCAAACAGUAGUGGUGACGAAGAAUCGUGCGACAACGAUGAAUUGUACUUAACCAAAUCUUUGGAAGACAUUGAAACUUUAAUAAAGCAAGUUGGCGUAAAGCUAGAUAAAUAA